UGUUGCAAUAUAUUUAUUAAUUUAUUUACUUGCAUAUAUAUCUAUACAUAUAAAAAACAGAAUAUUAUUAAAUACAUUUUAAUUAUUAUUGAUGACAUAGGAACGUGUGAGAGUUGAAGUCGAUUCUGUGAUGCAAGAAAACAGAGGAAGACUUACCAUGAGAUCGUUGCAAAAUUUAUCAUAUUUAGAAAGAUGUUUAAAGGAAUCGCUACGUUUAUAUCCCGUCGCGCCUUUUAUAUUGCGAAAUGUUCAGGAAGAUGUAAAAUUAGACUCAUAUGUUGUACCAGCUGGAACAAUCUUACAUCUUGAUAUCUUCCAAGUUCAUAGGGACCCCAAUUUUUGGCCAAAUCCAGAAGUAUUUGAUCCGGAUAGAUUUUUGCCCGAGAAUAUACAAAAUCGUCAUCCUUUUUCCUAUCUACCAUUCAGCGCAGGAUCGAGGAAUUGCAUAGGAACCGGAUGACACGGACGAAUGAUGAUAUCGAAUUUCAACUGUAUAUCCUUUAAAUAAUUUAUGGGCUCCAAAUAAAAAUUUUGCACCAAAAAAGCAAUCAUAGCUUUCAUCUCCAGCAGGCCGAAUCAACGACUCAUUGAGGUGUCUUUUCCUUCCAUUUUUUAAAAUUGGCAUAAUUUUUUUCCUAUAAUCUUACCGGUUCUCUAUCUUCGAAAUAUACGAAUGAUCUUUCGCGAUCGUUCGUAAGGAAUGACGACGAGGAGACGCGGACACACUUGUGUAUCCCGGUACUAAAAAUCACGUAAAAUUUGAAGCUUCGAGGGAAAAGGCAUAGUAAAAAUUAUUUGUACAUAUACCAUAUAGGAAGUGGUAAUGGUAACUCCACGAUUCUGUCAUUGUUAUCCCUUAAGAUGUGUUACUUGUUUUGCUAUGUUUUUCUCGAGCUAGUUUCUUUGCGGCGAUUGCCACAGUACGCAUACUGAUUACAAAACAUCUUGCACACAUGUCGUUAACAAAUCGCAAGACAUAUUUAUUAAAAAUAAUUAAAGCGGACGAGCAUAAUUUAUAUAAUUGUGUUGUGUAUAAAUUUUUUCCGAUAAGGAGACGCACAUAUAAAAAUAAAUAAAAAAUGAUUAGAAGAAAAGUGAUAGUUUAU